AUGGGGAAGUCUCCUCCAUUCCUUUACGGACCUCCUGAUGCUUUCAGCUUCAGAGGGCCUACAGAUCCUCCUUUCAAUCCAAAAGCUGUGACGCAGGCGAGCUGGACUCGGCCUCCACCCAAAAAGAAACAGAAAGGCCCGCUGAUCAACUUCAAUCGACACCCAGACUCGUACUGUAACCUCCCCGAUGGUCGGUCGCGAUGGACUCCGAUGAGCCCUAGGACAAAGUCAAAGGUCUUUUACGGUCGAAAGAUACAACUGGGUCUACGAAUUCUGUCGUUGAUUGGGGCUCUCGGGUCGUUGUUUUGCGCUAUUGUGAUUAAGAAUGUCGCGGCUUCAAUAAUAUGGAUCAUCCGUGUAGGGCCCGCAGUAGCAAUACUGCACACCCUCUACGCUGUUUACCACUUGUGCCGUUCCCCAGUUACCAGACCUCCGGGCUCACAAGCGAGCUAUAUGCUGUUCGCCACAACCUUGGAUCUAGGGCUAGUGCCGUUUUAUACCUUUGCCGCUUACUUAGGUUAUAAGGAGUAUACCACUGGCACCUACAAUUGGCAAACACUUCUGAGCACGGAUACGGGUGUCAUCACGACAAUCGCAAAGGCGACUUUUUAUCUUAGUGUUGUCAAUGGAGGGCUUCACUUGAUUUCUCUUGGAAUCUCCGCCUUCCUAUUCAACAUCUUCCGCCAAAUUGCUCAGCUGCCCCCCGACCUUAACCCCCUAGAAGAUAAUCUGACGUCUCGUUCUCACAAGAGAACCAAAUCAGAGAUUGCUGAGAAGCAUGCUAGCAGCUCUACUCUAGACUCAACAAACUCAGUUGCACAGCCUUUGAUCGGCGUCCCUCGCACCAUCCCAUUCACACAUACCAGGGUGAAGUCAUCGGAAGGCAAUUCGCUACGGCCGCCGGUUGAUAUGGUCAAGCAGAGAGGGAACUCACAGUCUUCUAUCCCAGAGAUGCCCUUCCGGUACCGCGCGAAUACCCUCGAAGAACCUUACGAAAUACCCCUGCAUGACACGGACUUUGAGGCCCGUCCUACCUCUUCUAUCCCGUCCAGUACUCCACUGCGCCAGCCGUCUCCUGAAAUACCAACUCGCUCUCAAUGCGUCAGCCCAGCCUCGGAUAAUACUACCUCGGACAACUGGGUUGCGUUCCCAUCUCGCUCGGUUUCCAUGAAUGAGGACGUUGAUAAUGGCGGUGCAGCCCCACGUGAGCCGUCGUCUGUUUACAGCAGGACGGGCACACCUGGAUCCUUAAAUGGCGUCGUCGAUUGGAUGGGCCUCGCCCAAAAAUACGGAUGGGAUAUUGGCGAGACUAUAUCAGAAGACCUUCGCGGUGAAUAUGAGUCUCUAGCUAUGCAUGAGUACUACGGGAAUGACGACGAUAGCCACAAUGUGCCCAAAAAUGGUCUCUAUGAUCAUGACGAGAUGGACGAGCAUGACAUUGGGAACCAUCGCAUCGAUAUAUAUCAGGAUCACGAGGACAGUGACGGAGAACAUGGAAAUACCCUCAGAGUCAAUCCGCUGGGACUGAACCCUCCGACACCCCAGCCCAUGCCCGAUAUCACUGAGACUAAACCGGCAUCUGGCCGUAUGGUUCUGGGCGAUAUCCCCAAUUUGAGCCCGACUCCGCCAAAGCACAAGGUUCCCCCUCUUGAGCGCCCGGAGAAGGAACGCUUUUACAACGGAGCAGACAUACACACUGUUACUGAUGAUGACUCAAAGAGUGCCAAGAAAACCAAGCUUUAUAAGCGCAAGUCUCAUAAACUCAACACCUACGGCCCUCUCCAGCAGCAGAGCGAAGAUACUGCAGAGAAAGACCACGAACCCCGUCCGGCUACCGAUCUUGCUAUAACCGAUAGAGAUCGUAAAGGCCGUGUUGUCAGUAACUCAGGGGCUGACUUCGGUCUCCGCGUCGGCCAAGGGCCAAAUUUGUCGUACGGAAACUACAUUGCUGGUCUGGGUGUUGGGAGGAGACGAGACGUUAGCGGCAAAAUGGCUGAGGAGGGCCGAGGCGGUAUCGAUAGCCCUAACUCCAAAAGCACGAGCGGAAACGGAAACGCCAACUCCACGCCUAGGGCCGCUGGAUGGGCGAGAUUUGCUGGGUUGUGAUUUGAUAAGAUCUAUACUCAGACUGCACUUUCGGCCCAAUAUGAUUGAGUGAGGAAAGCAAGCAGAGAAUAUCAUUGCAUGUAACAUGGAGAUGGAAUUGGAAUUAUUUACUGAAAUGAAAUGAUGGAUGAGAUUCUCAUUAAGGAUGGGUGGAAUAGGGUUUCGAAUUUCGUUGCGUGAUACUCAUUUGCUUUUUGUAUCUACUGUUUGGCGUACUAACGACUGAUAUGUAGUUUGGGCUAGGAAAGAAUACCAUGA